GGCGCUCGGGGAUGCUCUGCGGGCAGGGCUGCCUCUCCCGCAUGCCCAGCGCCUCUCCUGCCGGCGGACCCGGAGCAGGUUUGCUUUUCCUCUCUCCUUGCGAUUCCAGCCCAGCAAUUCCAUCCUCAGGGAGAAAUCCUUCCUGUAUGGAUCAGCCUUCUAGUGAUGGUGAAACUGGGAGAAGACCACUCUAAGCAAACCCAGGAUGAUUCGGGUCCCAGCUGAUGCAGAAAAUGCUCACAGUAGCAGUGUGGAAUCUUGUCCUUCCUUGCGGGAUGUCCACUCCAUCAACCCCACACAGCUGAUGGCAAGGAUUGAGUCAUAUGAAGGCAGGGAGAAGAAAGGCAUAUCAGAUGUCAGAAGGACUUUCUGUUUGUUUGUUACAUUUGAUCUCUUAUUCAUAACCUUACUGUGGAUAAUAGAAUUGAAUGUAAAAGGAGGCAUUGAGACUACCUUAGAGAAAGAAGUCCUACAUUAUGACUACUCUUCUUCAUAUUUUGAUAUAUUUCUACUGGCAGUCUUUCGGUUUAAGGUGUUAAUACUUGCAUAUGCAAUGUGCAGACUGCGCCAUUGGUGGGCAAUAGCUUUUACAACAGCAGUGACCAGUGCCUUUUUAUUAGCAAAAGUAAUUAUUUCACAGCUGUUCUCACAGGGUGCUUUUGGCUAUGUACUGCCCAUCAUAUCAUUCAUACUUGCCUGGAUUGAAACUUGGUUCCUGGACUUUAAAGUGUUACCACAAGAAGCUGAAGAAGAAAAUAGAUUUUUGAUAGCACAGGAUGCUUCAGAACGAGCAGCUCUUCUUCACCCAGGAGUCCUCUCUGAUGGGCAGUUCUAUUCUCCCCCUGAGUCUGUAGCAGGUUCUGAUGAAGACUCUGAAGAAAAACAAGACAGUGAAAAACCAAUUGUAUAGCAAAUAAUAAAAAGCAGAAAGAAAAUAUCUGCAGGAAGUUGUUGGGGGUUUGGAAACUGGCAACAGAGUCUGUGGCUGACUUGCUGGCAGAGCUGCUGACAGGAGAGUUUACUCGUUAGAAAGUAAAGGGAACGGUUCCCAUGUACUGUAAUACCUCAUGAAGAUGUACCUUGUUGACAUAUGUAUAUUAGGUUGCCUCCCAGGUGGUAUGAAAGUAUUUGUCCACAAUGUAUUUUAUUAUUCAGUGAUUCCUGAAGUUGAUCUUCUAAUGACUAGGUAAUUACUGGAAAGUGUUGUCUUGUGUACCUAAUCAAGAGACUGGUAAUAUAAUGAAGUAAAACUUCUGUGGUGGAAGUAUAUUUAAUAAUUGUUGGGUCUCACUAGAUAAAAUUAUUUUAUGUUAUUGCUGUUUGUCAUUAGUUUAUGUUUACUUUUUUUUAACUCCAUGCAUUUUCUUUUUUUUUAAUGGAUAUGUUCACUUUCUAAAAUAAAAAUGUUAAAACAUGA